UCUACUCAUCCGAAAAAAUCACAAACCUGAGUCACAGGCCAAACAACAACAUUUCAUCUGAAACCUCUCUAAACAGCAUCCAUGGCGACUUCUCUCUCCGUCUCCAGACUCCUCUCCUCCUCCUCAGCCACGGCAAUCUCCGUCGCCAAGCCAUUCUUUUCCCCCACCUCCACCUUCACCGCACCGCUAACCUUCACACGCUCUCUCGCUCCUAACCUCUCCCUCAAAUUCCGCAGCCGCCGAUCCAAUUCCGCCUCCGUCUCCACCGCCAGAUCCUUCCCGACAACCGUCUCCGCCUCAAUUUCCGUCGGAGACAAACUCCCCGACUCCACUCUCUCAUACCUCGAUCCCGCCACCGGCGAUGUCAAAACAGUCACCGUCUCCUCCUUAACCGCCGGGAAGAAAGCCAUCCUAUUCGCCGUCCCCGGAGCUUUCACUCCGACGUGCUCGCAGAAACACGUCCCUGGAUUCGUUUCCAAGGCAGGAGAGCUCAGAUCCAAAGGCAUCGAUGUCAUCGCCUGUGUCUCCGUGAACGACGCGUUCGUGAUGGAGGCGUGGCGUAAGGACCUCGGAAUCAACGACGAGGUUAUGCUUCUCUCCGAUGGAAACGGCGAGUUCACCGGGAAGCUCGGUGUCGAAUUGGAUUUGAGGGAUAAGCCUGUGGGACUCGGAGUUAGGUCACGGAGGUACGCGAUUCUGGCGGAGGAUGGUGUUGUGAAGGUUCUAAAUCUUGAAGAAGGAGGGGCUUUCACUAACAGUAGUGCUGAGGAUAUGCUUAAGGCUCUUUGAUUCUCUGAUUUUACUCUCUGUUUUUUGAAGUUUUCUCUGUGUUUUUGUUCUUCUUGUUGUUGCUAGUUUCUCAUUUGUGGAGCUUUUAGAUCCUGAUUCCAAAGUAUCAUCGGACCCUGUAACGGAAUAAUAAUUGGAAUCGUUUUGUUUGUGAACAAUUUGGAAUCGUUUA